AUGGCUCCUACUGAAGGACAGUUUAAUGAGGACAGUAUGGCUCCUACUGAAGGACAGUGUAAUGAGGACAGUAUGGCUCCAACUGAAGGACAGUUUAAUGAGGACAGUAUGGCUCCAACUGAAGGACAGUUUAAUGAGGACAGUAUGGCUCCUACUGAAGGACAGUUUAACGAGGACAGUAUGGCUCCUACUGAAGGACAGUGUAAUGAGGACAGUAUGGCUCCUACUGAAGGACAGUUUAACGAGGACAGUAUGGCUCCUACUGAAGGACAGUUUAAUGAGGACAGUAUGGCUCCUACUGAAGGACAGUUUAACGAGGACAGUAAGGUUCCUACUGAAGGACAGUUUAACGAGGACAGUAUGGCUCCUACUGAAGGACAGUGUAAUGAGGACAGUAUGGCUCCAACUGAAGGACAGUUUAAUGAGGACAGUAUGGCUCCUACUGAAGGACAGUUUAAUGAGGACAGUAUGGCUCCUACUGAAGGACAGUUUAAUGAGGACAGUAUGGCUCCUACUGAAGGACAGUGUAAUGAGGACAGUAUGGCUCCAACUGAAGGACAGUUUAAUGAGGACAGUAUGGCUCCUACUGAAGGACAGUUUAAUGAGGACAGUAUGGCUCCUACUGAAGGACAGUGUAAUGAGGACAGUAUGGCUCCAACUGAAGGACAGUGUAAUGAGGACAGUAUGGCUCCUACUGAAGGACAGUUUAAUGAGGACAGUAAGACUCCUACUGAAGGACAGUUUAAUGAGGACAGUAUGGCUCCUACUGAAGGACAGUUUAAUGAGGACAGUAUGGCUCCUACUGAAGGACAGUUUAAUGAGGACAGUAUGGCUCCUACUGAAGGACAGUUUAAUGAGGACAGUAAGACUCCUACUGAAGGACAGUUUAAUGAGGACAGUAUGGCUCCUACUGAAGGACAGUUUAAUGAGGACAGUAAGACUCCUACUGAAGGACAGUUUAAUGAGGACAGUAUGGCUCCUACUGAAGGACAGUUUAAUGACAGUAUGGCUCCUACUGAAGGACAGUUUAAUGAGGACAGUAUGGCUCCUACUGAAGGACAGUUUAAUGAGGACAGUAAGACUCCUACUGAAGGACAGUUUAAUGAGGACAGUAUGGCUCCUACUGAAGGACAGUUUAAUGAGGACAGUAAGACUCCUACUGAAGGACAGUUUAAUGAGGACAGUAUGGCUCCUACUGAAGGACAGUUUAAUGAGGACAGUAUGGCUCCUACUGAAGGACAGUUUAAUGAGGACAGUAAGACUCCUACUGAAGGACAGUUUAAUGAGGACAGUAUGGCUCCUACUGAAGGACAGUUUAAUGAGGACAGUAAGACUCCUACUGAAGGACAGUUUAAUGAGGACAGUAUGGCUCCUACUGAAGGACAGUUUAAUGAGGACAGUAAGACUCCUACUGAAGGACAGUGUAAUGAGGACAGUAUGGCUCCUACUGAAGGACAGUUUAAUGAGGACAGUAAGACUCCUACUGAAGGACAGUUUAAUGAGGACAGUAUGGCUCCUACUGAAGGACAGUUUAAUGACAGUAUGGCUCCUACUGAAGGACAGUUUAAUGAGGACAGUAUGGCUCCUACUGAAGGACAGUUUAAUGAGGACAGUAAGACUCCUACUGAAGGACAGUGUAAUGAGGACAGUAUGGCUCCUACUGAAGGACAGUUUAAUGAGGACAGUAAGACUCCUACUGAAGGACAGUUUAAUGAGGACAGUAUGGCUCCUACUGAAGGACAGUGUAAUGAGGACAGUAUGGCUCCUACUGAAGGACAGUUUAAUGAGGACAGUAUGGCUCCUACUGAAGGACAGUUUAAUGAGGACAGUAUGGCUCCUACUGAAGGACAGUUUAAUGAGGACAGUAUGGCUCCUACUGAAGGACAGUUUAAUGAGGACAGUAUGGCUCCUACUGAAGGACAGUUUAAUGAGGACAGUAAGACUCCUACUGAAGGACAGUUUAAUGAGGACAGUAUGGCUCCUUCUUGCGCUAAUGUAUAUUCCUCCCAAUGCCACACUUUCAACCUUCAAUUCCAUAAUGGUUUUGCUUUGUAUUUCCUACUGGCCUUUUCUACCAGUCUGCCGUUGAACACGAGUCUCUUCUGA